GCCACAAAUGUUGGCUUCAGGCCUUUCUCAGGUAUUCUGCAGCAUCCUGAUGGCACAGUCUUGAAGCAAUUGCAGCCACCACCUCGGGGUCCCAGAGAACAAGAGUUUUACAACAAGGUUUUUGCUGCUGAUUGUUGUGACAGUGUUCUCCUUGAGCUGCGGAAAUACUUGCCAAAAUAUUUUGGCAUCUGGUCACCGCCUACUGCACCAAAUGAUCUCUACCUAAAACUGGAAGAUGUGACCUGUAAGUUUAAUAAGCCUUGCAUAAUGGAUGUGAAAAUAGGCCAGAAAAGUUAUGAUCCAUAUGCUUCAGCUGAGAAGAUUCACCAACAGGUCAGCAAGUACCCACUUAUGGAAGAGAUUGGGUUCUUGGUGCUUGGCAUGAGGGUUUACCAUGUCUGCACUGACAGUUAUGAGACUCAAAAUCAGCACUAUGGGCGAAGCUUAACAAAAGAAACUAUAAAAGAUGGAGUGUCCAGGUUUUUUCAUAAUGGAUCCAGUUUGAGAAAAGAUGCUAUUGCUGCCAGUAUUCAAAAGAUUGAAAAAAUCUUGGAGUGGUUUGAGAGCCAGGAGCAGCUCAACUUUUAUGCAAGUUCAUUGCUGUUUGUUUAUGAAGGUUCAUGUCAGCUGACAAACACAAGGUUGAGUGGUGGCACAUUGGUAGAAAAGAGAGUUAUGCCUAAGGGGCUGUUACCAGAUGGAGACAUACUGGAAUUUAAUAAUAAUAUUAAUGUAAUAAAUGCUACGGAGAAUGGAAAAAUAGAGGCCUCUGUUGGUAAAAGCUUCUCUAAAAUUUAUGCACUUCACAAAAAUGCAUACUCAAAGCGGCAUCACAGUCAGAUCUCACUAAAAGUUGAAAAUCUGGAGCAAGACAGUGUAUGGAAAAACACUUGCAUUUCCCAGGAACAUCUAAAUGGAAACGUUCUACCCCAACUGGAAAAGGUUUUCUGCCAUAUGUCUGCAGAGAUAAAGGAAAGUGCAGAUGUAGACAUCCGAAUGAUAGAUUUUGCUCACGUGUUCCCUAGCAACACAAAGGAUGAUGGCUACAUUUAUGGUCUGAAGAAUUUAAUUACUGUACUUCAAAACAUUUUAGAUAACUAAAUUCUUUGUUAUGGUUUUUAUUGGGGCCAAUGCUAAUGAAGAGCAACUACAUGAAGGAUUUCUGCACUUGUAUGCUGUAUAAUUGGGUUUGUAUUGUUCUAUAUUUUAUUUGUCUUUGUACUUUUGGUAGAAGGGUUUAACUUUUUAUAAUCUUACUCAGGAAAAUUAAUUGGUAGUUAGUUUUGAAAGAUAAAGAUACUUAGGAAAGGUAAGCAGAGGUGGUGGAUAAUUGAAUUAAUAUACUGAAACAUACAGAUGGGCCGAAUCAAAGGCAAAUUGUUAUCUAAUAAUUAAGGCUUGAGUUGGCUCUCCAUUACUGCUUUAUCUUUUAGAUUAUUUCUAUCCACUUUUAUCUUGACACUGAGCCAUAUUUGAAUUAACGGGUUUAGAUUAACUGAAAAACAAGAAAGGACGAGCUGAUGUUUUCAGUGUUGUCCUUGUAUGUUUACCGCAUUUUGAAAACUGGAUAAUCCCUAUUUUGAGAGAAAUUCCUGUUUAGAUUCUGUGUUCUUACUUGGCAACCAGCAUAUCAAGAGGUGCUUCUCUAUGAAAUGGCACAAUAUUGCUGUAUUCCUAAAAACUGGUCGAGGCUUCUGCUUUUUCAUGGAUAGGCUUUAAUGUACAUUCAUAGGCUACAGUGUAAUUCAUGUCAGAGUUGUUGAAAUGCUGGACUAGAAUCAUAAAACAAAGGGUUUAGUUUUAUGACUAGACUAGGAAAUCGUAUCUACUCUGUUUUAAAAAGAAAAAUCUAAAAACUCCAUCUUGUUUCUAAUAUAAAACUCUGAAGCCUGUUCAGAAGUAUGUCUUCUGAAACAUGCUAGAAAUUAUUUUCUGGAAGGAAUAUCUGACACUGUGAGUAAAUGGAGGGUUGGAGUGCUCCUUUCUUUUAACAAUAACUUAAGCAAAAUUUAACAAGAAUGAAAAAUUUAAAAGGCAAAUUUAAAGGGAACACUUCAUAUUGUGAUUUCCUAUUCAUAUUGUGAUUUCCUAUGGUUAUUUUAUGAGACGCUGGGCCUGGUGUGCGCACAUGUGUGGUGGUCUUUUUUUAGCAAGUGUCCAGAGUUCCACUGCAGAGUUGCCCCAGAUGGAAACUGAGUAAGCUCCAGGCAGGAACAGGAGUGUUUAGAAGUGAAAGAGAGAAUUCAGCUUGGAACCAGGAACACCUUCCUUCACUUCCAUGG